CACAUGCAAACUUGUCCCUUGGGAAUCUACAGGCAGCAACUCCAGCUUGUGCCGUCUCCCACCUGGGUUUGAGGAGUAGUACCCUGUGAGGAGGGGGCAGAAACGAUUUUCAGUCCGAGGGACCCCUGGAGUCCUACAGAAUUCCUACUUUCCCUUGUCUGUGUCGUCAGAACUCCAGGGAGGGACCUGGGUAGUCGGAGAAGCCGGAAACAGCGGGCUGAGGCAGCCACUGCUUACACUGAAGAGGAAGGACGGGAGAGGAUUGUGUGUGUGUGUGUGUGUGUAUGUGUGUGUGUGUGUGUGUGUGUAUUUUUUUUCUUUUUGGUGCUGGAGGUGGAGGGGGGGUGCUAGCAGGGCCAACCCUGAACCCGCUGGACAGAACUACAGACCCAUGGGGCCUGGCAGUGCCUGCUGAGAGAAGGAGAAGACAGCAGAGGGGUUGGCAAGGCACCCUCCAAACCCCAGAUCAUGUCUCUGUGGGGUCUGGUCUCCAAAAUGCCCCCAGAAAAACUGCAGCGGCUCUAUGUCGACUUCCCUCAACACCUGCGGCAUCUCCUGGGUGACUGGCUGGAGAACCAGCCCUGGGAAUUCCUUGUCGGCUCAGACGCCUUCUGCUGCAACAUGGCCAGCGCCCUACUUUCUGCCACUGUCCAGCGUCUUCAGGCCUCGGCUGGAGAACAGGGGGAGGGGAGCACCAUCUUGCAACACAUCAGCACCCUGGAGAGCAUAUAUCAGAGGGACCCCCUGAAGCUGGUGGCCACUUUCAGACACAUACUUCAAGGGGAAAAAAAAGCCAUUAUGGAACAGUUCCGCCACCUGCCAAUGCCCUUCCACUGGAAGCAAGAGGAACUCAAGUUUAACACAGCCCUGCGGAGGCUGCAGCACCGAGUCGGGGAAGCCUGCCUUCUCCGCAAAGCCCUGCAGCCUGGGGCUGAGGGAGGCCAAGUGUCUUUGCACAGCCUGAUAGAAACUCCUGCCAAUGGGACCGGGCCAAGUGAGGCCCUCGCCACGUUUCUGCAGGAGACUGUCGGGGAGCUGGAGGCUGCCCAGGCCCUGGUGCUGAAGAGGAUCCAGAUUUGGAAACGGCAGCAGCAGCUGGCAGGGAAUGGCGCACCCUUUGAGGAGAGCCUGGCCCCACUACAGGAGAGGUGUGAGAGCCUGGUGGACAUUUACUCCCAGCUGCAGCAGGAGGUGGGGGCGGCUGGUGGGGAGCUUGAGCCCAAGACCCGGGCAGCGCUGAUUAGCCGGCUGGAUGAAGUCCUGCGAACCCUCAUCACCAGCUCUUUCCUGGUGGAAAAGCAGCCCCCCCAGGUUCUGAAGACUCAGACCAAGUUCCAGGCCGGGGUUCGAUUCCUGCUGGGCCUGCGGUUCCUGGCGGCCCCAGCCAAGCCUCUGAUGGUCAGGGCCGACAUGGUAACCGAGAAGCAGGCGAGGGAGCUGAGCAUGCCCCAGGGGCCUGGGGCUGGAGCAGAAAGCACUGGGGAAAUCAUUAACAACACCGUGCCCCUGGAGAACAGCAUUCCCGGGAAUUGCUGCUCUGCCCUGUUCAAGAACCUGCUUCUGAAGAAAAUCAAGCGGUGCGAACGGAAGGGCACAGAGUCUGUCACCGAGGAGAAGUGUGCCGUGCUCUUUUCCACCAGCUUCACGCUCAGCCCCAACAAACUCCCUAUCCAGCUCCAGGCCCUGUCUCUGCCCCUGGUGGUCAUCGUCCACGGCAACCAAGACAACAAUGCCAAAGCCACCAUUCUGUGGGACAACGCCUUCUCUGAGAUGGACCGCGUGCCCUUUGUGGUGGCUGAGCGGGUGCCCUGGGAGAAGAUGUGUGAAACUCUUAACCUCAAGUUCAUGGCUGAGGUGGGGACCAACCGGGGGUUACUCCCAGAGCACUUCCUCUUCCUGGCCCAGAAGAUCUUCACCGACAACAGCCUCAGCAUGGAGGCCUUCCAGCACCGUUCUGUGUCCUGGUCACAGUUCAACAAGGAGAUCCUGCUGGGUCGUGGCUUCACCUUUUGGCAGUGGUUUGAUGGCGUCCUGGACCUCACCAAACGCUGUCUCCGGAGCUACUGGUCAGAUCGGUUGAUCAUUGGCUUCAUCAGCAAACAGUACGUCACUAGCCUUCUUCUCAACGAGCCUGAUGGAACAUUCCUCCUUCGGUUCAGUGAUUCAGAGAUUGGGGGCAUCACCAUUGCCCAUGUCAUCCGGGGCCAGGAUGGCUCCCCACAGAUAGAGAACAUCCAGCCAUUCUCUGCCAAAGACCUGUCCAUUCGCUCACUUGGUGACCGAAUCCGGGACCUCGCUCAGCUCAAAAACCUCUACCCCAAGAAACCCAAGGACGAGGCUUUCCGGAGCCACUACAAGCCUGAGCAGAUGGGUAAGGAUGGCAGGGGUUAUGUCCCAGCUACAAUCAAGAUGACUGUGGAAAGGGACCAGCCACUUACCACCCCCGAGCCCCAAAUGCCUACCGUGAUGCCCUCUUACGAUCUUGGAAUGGUCCCUGACUGCUCCAUGAACAUGCAGCUCGGCCCAGAUAUGGUGCCCCAGGUGUACCCACCACGCUCUCACUCCAUCCCCUCAUAUCCAGCCCUUCCCCGGGAAGAAUCGGUCAAUGUGCUGCCAGCCUUCCAGGAACCUCACCUGCAGAUGCCGCCCAACCUGAGUCAGAUGAGCCUGCCCUUUGACCAACCUCACCCUCAGGGCCUGCUGCCGUGCCAGCCUCAGGAGCAUGCCGUGUCCAGCCCCGAGCCCUUGCUCUGCUCAGAUGUGACCAUGGCGGAAGAGAGCUGCCUGAGGCAGCCGGUGGGAGGGUUCCCUCAAGGCACCUGGGUCCGUGAAGACAUGCUCCCGCCCUUGCUGCCUCCCACUGAACAGGACCUCACCAAGCUUCUCUUGGAGGGGCAAGGAGAGUCAGAGGGAGGGUCCUUGGGAGCCCAACCCCUCCUGCAGCCCUCCCACUAUGGGCAGUCUGGGAUCUCAAUGUCCCACCUGGACCUAAGGGCUAACCCCACUUGGUGAUCCCAGCUGGAGGGGGAGCCCAGAGAAGACAGCUCUCCUGCCCCCAUGGACCUGCUCUGAACACCUGCCUGUGCUGCCAAGCAGCAGCUGGGGAGGGUGUCCUCCUAUCCCCACCUACUCCCUGGCCAGGAGGAAAAGACUUUGCCAGGAGAAUGUACAGUGGGUGGAACAUAUCUACUCCUUCCCUCCCACCACACACCCCUGCCCUCCACUUUCCAAAUACUGGAAGGGAAUUUCAGGUUCCAAGUGAGACACGCCCCAAAACGCACACGCAGCACGCGCGCGCGCGCACACACACACACACACACACACACACACACACACCACACCCACACCCACACACCCUCUUUGCAAGAUGGGGCUGAGCAGGAAGGGAGCUGGGCCAGAGCACAGGUGAGGGCACGGAGGGCUUCUCUGCUUGCCCCAAGCCGGGGCUCCGGACACACAUGUGGAAACACACAGACACGUGUACACAACUGCUUCAGAGGCUAGGGAUGGAAGUAUGGGCUUGGGCCCCAGCCCUGGGGGAAUGGGAAACAGUUCAGGAGACCCUGGGAGAGAGGCGGUUCUGUACGUUUGGCUGCUGCUGUAGGUUUGGCCCAGAUUAAAAAAUCCCAAUCAGCUCCAAAUUCCUGUCAGUCAGAGGGAGGCUUCUGGAUAUGUGCAUGAGACUGUGCAGAAAUACAAGGGCUGAGUUUGUGUAUAGCUCUGUGAAAGUGUGUGGACCUGAGACGUUAAUAUAUAGAUGUCACACACGUUAGUUUUAUGGCCACACAGAACACGUACCUCUCGGAUUUUGCCUGUGUGACAACACGUUUGGAAAUGUGAGACACUGCACAAAAGAUACCAGUGAGUAUACUGGCCUCUCCGAUGUAUGCUAACCCAAAUGUACUAAGCUUUGAGUAUGACUGUGCCCAGGUUGGGUCUAUGUGGCUGUAGCUUCGGUGGCUCAACACCUCCAAUCCUGCCCAGAGGCAGAGGCAGAGGCUGAGCCUGGGGUCCAGACUCGGGUGUAUGGUCCUCGUGGUGUAUUGGGGGCCCUACCUGCUGCUUCUUUUCUAUUUCCCCACCCACCGCCAGCUUCCCUCCACUCCCCAACCCCAUGCCACCCUUUCUCCAUCUUGGGGGUCAUAGAUCCUAAGCCAUAAAAUAAAUUUUAUUCCAAAAUAACAAAAUAAAUAAUCUACUGUACACGAUCUGAAAAGAAAGACGCUCUAACUGCUCAGACAGGUGCUGCGGCCCAGAUCCCAGCU